GCAGAUUCAAGGUAGACAAAAAUGGCAGUUCUUUCACACACUAACACAUUUCGCCGGAUAAGCCGAAAGUCCUAUUUUCUCCACCACCACCAUGUCUACAGAGCUUCCCUAUGCUGCUGAUGCAGAAGUUUCCCUUUCCUACGAUGAGCUCGAGGUUCUACGAUUACAAUACGAACGGGAACAGCUUCAGGCACAUGUCACAGUACAGACCAAGUUCAACUUUGCCUGGGGUCUAGUGAAGAGCCCAUUACGGGAGCAUCAAGUAGAGGGUGUUCGACUGCUGCAAGACUUAUAUCGCUCGGAGCCUACACGACGAAGAGAAUGUUUAUAUUACCUGGCUUUAGGACACUAUAAGAUGGGCAAUUUCGAAGAAGCAAAACAAUUCAAUGGUCUGCUAAUGGAGAAAGAGCCCACAAACCUCCAAGCUCUAAGUCUAGCACAACUUAUAGAGAAGGGCGUUACAAGAGAGGGCUACAUCGGGAUGGCGCUCGUUGGCGGCGCUGCUGCGCUUGGAACAAUUGUCCUUGCAGGUCUCAUACGGCGAGCAACCCGAAAGUAAUCUUCUAAUCUGGCUUCUUUUACUAACUCGCUCACCUGCCUAUCAUAUUCUGGCAUCCGACCUCAUUAUCAACACCAUUCUCUAUAACCUCUCCAAUGAAUCCUCCUUCUCAUACGAAAUCGUCACGGCAUAAAUGAACCCCUCUCGCUUGAUACAUCGCUUUCCUAUAACUUACAUUUGCCUGGACAUAGUCACAAGUAGCUCAAUUGCUAUCGUUUUUCCGUGUAUUCAUACUACAUAUGUCAAUUUUAUCAGGAUCUCAGCGUAGGCUCAU